AUGAGGUCACAAUACAACAUAACUCGACUUCUUUUUAUUUUAUUAUUGAUCAUUUUAGCAAUUUAUCUUUUUAGACAAAGUGAAUUUAAAAGAAUUAAUUUUAACUUAAAACAGAUACAAUUAGAUAAAAAAAUCGCAGAAAAACAUCGAAAUUUAGAAGACAAUGCUAUUAAAUUAACUCGUCAAAAGAUUGAAGAAUAUAUUUAUGAAUAUCAAAAUUUUACUAAAAUUAUUCCUGGAUCUAACCGCAUUAUUGACAUUGAAAGUUUAAUCAAAUUUCGAAAUUAUUUAGAAUGUGUUACCACAAAAGGUAAUUGGGCGUUAGAUCUUACUCCGAGGCCUUUAAUUCGACAUAAACAAAGUCCAUUGUAUGGAAAGUGUAAUAAGAGAUAUAAAAAUAAUGGAGGGAACCAAAUUAUUUCUGUGAAAGAAGAAUGGAAAUUAAUUCCAGAGUUUGCAAAAUAUGUAUGGAAAACACCAAAUGAAUGUCCUAUGCAAAAAAUGGAUGUUAAGCAAGCUUGUAAUCUAAUUUCGGGACUUCGAUUUUUAUUAGUUGGAGAUGAGUUACAAUAUCAAUUACAUGAACUUUUAUUAGAUUUCUUUCAUGAAGGGCCUGUUCAAUGUUAUGGUGAAAUAUCAUGCAAAAUGCACACGCUUUGUGGCAUUGAUUUAUAUGACCAAAAAACAUCAGCAAUGAGAUAUAUAAGAAGUGAUAUACUUUCUGUCGAGGAUCCUCCAUAUCUAAUGGACAUUAAGUAUUUACAAUUUCCUUGGUUAAAGUUCAUCAAGAAUUACAGUAUUAUUAUUCUAAAUAAGGGUCAUCAUUGGCAAGAUGAUGAGAUAUUUCGAGAUAAUUUGAUAAGUACCAUUAUCACUUUAAGGAAACAAUUUGACGAUCGACUUAUAAUUUACCGUGCUACUAUUAUAGGGCAUUUAAACUGCCAAAAUGCCGAUAAACCUUUGCCUUCUCCUCCGAAUUCUACAGAGUUAGAAAAUCUUCCAUAUCAUUGGGGCGAUAUUCAUAGACAAAAUUUAAUUGCUAAAGAAAUUGUCGAAGCUUUUGGUGGUGUAUUUUUAGAUAUAGAACCAGCCAUGAUCACGAGAGCAGAUGGUCACAUUGGUGGCCGAGAUUGUUUAAGAUGGUGUAUACCUGGACCUGCAGAUGUUUGGCUAGAUUUUUUAUUUUAUGUUUUGCAAGAGUUAAUAUGA